CACACCAACGCCAGCUCACACUGCAGCAGCUACGAUACACACUGCACGCCGACAGCAAGGAGAUGUCAGAUGUGACAUGGGGCAUGAGUGGCACUCUGAGUCCAGCCACUAAGAAGCAUCAGGAGUCCUUCAAACAGAGUCGUGCUGCCCGGCGCUCUCUGGACUCUGAGAUCCAGCAGCAGCUCAGUCAGCUGGACGACAUUCUGCAGCGGGAGGAGCAGAGAGGGCGACCAGAGAAGAGAGGAGAGAGGGAAGAGAGAGGAAGAGAGGAGAGGAUAGGAGAGAGGGAGCAGAGACGACGAGAGGAGAAGAAGAUCGUCGUCAGGACGGACAGAACGCCGGAGCGAAGAGGGCGAGAGGAGAGGAGGGAAGAGGAGGAGGAGGAAGAGGGGGAUAGUGAGAGCGAGACGACGGAGGAGGAGAGCACCACCAGCUCCUUCACGGAGCGAUGGAGCGAGAGAGACCGCGAGGAGGAGAGCGACUUCUCCGCGAGGGCGGGGGCCGGUCGCCGUGGCAGCGACGCCUCCUGCCCGCCGCACGCGGUCUCCCUGGACGACUGGAAGACGGAGGGCUCGGGCUCUGGGUCAGAGGUCGCGGGGGGGCCACGGUGGGCGUCCUCGUCGUCGGAGGCCAUGAGCUCCGUCGUGCUCAACCAUCAGGUGUGUCGCGUGCUGCUGCAGGAGUGUGAGCGCAGCCUGGAGACGGCCGAGCGGAACACACCCGACCACAAACACUCGCUCACACACUCACUCACACACUCGCAGGGCUACGAUGAGGUGGACGGUGUGAGCGGCGGCGCGGGCGUUCUGUCGGGGGCGGUGGGCCCCCCGCCCUGCUACUCGCCGCAGGGGAAGGUGCCCGGCUGGGACCAGGUGGGAGCACUAGGGGGCGCUCUCUGGCUGGGCGAGUUCCCCUCCGACUCCGAUGAGGCUUCGCUCAGCAUGUGCACGGCUACCGCCGACCUCACACACACUCAGGCUGAUGAAUCUGAGUCCAGAAGGUUUAGCAGAACAGCCAACCACAGAUGCAGCUCCACCACCCUGUCUGCAGACUCAGAGGAAGAGGGCCCCCUGGUGGCCAGCGCCUCGGCUUCCACCCCGCGGCCCCGCUGGACCAGUGAGGUUGCGGACCUGGUGUCACGGAUGACGUGUGGGCGUCUGGGCUUGUGUGUCCCGCCAAUCAGCAGCGAGAGUGAGGAAUGUGAGGAGGGGUUAGCGAGUGGCCACGCCCACUUCCCACCACAAGCUCCUCCCACCCGCCCCCCCCAGCACGACUUGAAGCUGGAGAAGAUCUUUAAGAGCUUCGCAGGAGGGGCUAGUGAGAGUGAAGAUGACGCGGAGUUCCACACUAUUAACAGGACGAUCAGUCUGAGCCCAGAUGUCCUGGACGGAGCCGACCUGAACAGCAGCAGCAGAGACAGAGCUGAACAGAACCACCACAGCGUGCAUAGAACACACGACAUAGAACAGAACCACAGCAUGUAUGGAACACACGGCAUAGAACAGAACCACAGCUUGUAUGGAGCACACGGCAUAGACCAGAACCACCACAGCUUGCAUGGAGCACACAAUGCAGAACAGAACCACUACAGCAUGCACAGAACACACGACGUAGAACAGAACCAGCACAGCAUGUAUAGAACACAUGACAGCAUGCACGGAACACAAGAUGUUGAACAGAACCAGCACAGCAUGCAUAGAACACACGGCAUAGAACAGAACCACCACAGCAUGCAUAGAACACAUGACAGCAUGCACGGAACACAAGACAUAGAACAGAACUAUCACAGCAUGCACGGAACACACAACGCACAGUGGAGCCACCGCAGCAGCGAGGAAGAGGAUCUCGCAGCAGAGGGCACCCUGACGGAGAAUGGCUCAGACUCAGAUGGGAUGUACUCUCUGGUAGAAGGCUCUAGUAUGUAUCACACACCAGGACCUGGAACAGAGAACCCUACCUCUGAGGAGGAGGAUCUGGAUGUCACAGUGGAGGUGUGUCGACCCCCCUCAGUUGUCAUAGAUACGCACACAGGAGAACGUGCUGCAGCUGUGUGUAGGCCAGAAAGGAGAGAGCACUUCAACACUGAUCAGGAGCUGCCAGACAUCAGGUGUGUGUCCUGUAAUAAGCAGAUUGAUGAUCCCUCUCUGCUCAGCCGUCUGCCGGACCUGGCUUCAGACUUUGCUGAGAUCUCCAGCAUCACCUGCUCUCCAGUGCAGCAGGAGAAGAUUCCCCUCAACAGGAGGCCCUGUUACAGCACGCCCCGCACACCGCAGAAGAGCCCUCACCUUCCCCAGCGCAUGGGGACCCUCACCCAGCCCUUGCCCUCCCUGCAGAACCUCCUGGACACGCCUGAACACACACACUCCAGCCAGAGGGAAUCAUCGGCUUCCAGUUGUGCACCCCACUCCCCUGAUAGGGAGUCGUCGGUGGAAGAAGCUGAUUCGCCCCGCCCUGGCCAACCAGGUUUCUUGAUGACGACCUCACAUAUGCGCCGUGGCCGAGAUAUGAGCCAUGCAGUGGAGGCGGAGUCAGACGGGGAGAGGGAGGAGUCUGAGGAGGAGGAGGAGGAGCAACACGGGGAUGGGCGGGACUCUGAACACACACAUUCAUUUAGCUCGUCCCCCUCAGAAGGGCAGCCCUCACGCACACAGUCCCUGGCAGCAUUUGAGGAAGAGGAGGAGCGUAUGCUGGAGGAGGUGGUGGACAGAGAGCGGGAGGAGGAAGAGGAGGAGCCAUCAGAGGAAGAGGAGGAGCUACAGAGCGAGGGACGCCUGUCAGACGAGGACUUCGUCUCAGUGGACGACAGCCCAGAGAGAGGCUUGGCGAUGGGAACUGAGGCUCUGGCAUGUAACAUAGGAAGGAACCAGCCAACAGAGGGCAUGGAGGAGACGGAGAGGGCCAGCUCCACACUGGACGACGUGUUGCAGGGCAUGAUGUCAGACCGUGCGGCCAAUCAGAGGGCCAGGAGCCCCGGGUCCCACCUCCACUCCAGAGCUGUCAUGAACAUGGAGGGAGAGGUGGACGUGGAGGAUGUGCACGGGCAAGGAGGAGACACAGCAGAAUGCUACUUAGCACCUCAGGAGGUUGGGGACCCCUCAGACGGUUCAGCCAAACCAGAGGACAGGAUGGAGGCAGCGGCUUUCCACGGCAUCUGGAGUCACCCGCACAGGGUGAUUGUCCUGGAGCACACACCAGGGAAGGAGCCGUUCAGAAAGAACAGAGAACCUCCCACCUGACCUCCGCAGAUCGCCACGGGCAACGCCACAUGCAUCACAAGCCCCAUUCUACACAUUUAGGAUGUUCAAAGCAGUUGUCGAAAAAACAUGUUCUUUUGGUAUUAAAUUGAUCGCUUUAGUAUUAUCCAAUGUAUACCUUUGUAUUGUAUCAACAUGUUUGCCAAUCAAAUCUCAUCUUUCCUGCACAAGUAUUAGUUCAGUACAAUGUGUUCCUGGUUUCGGGACAUUUAUCUUUCCAUUCCGAGUUCUGAGAAAUGAAUUUCGAGCCUGUUGUUCUGCAGCAUAUUUGUAAUGUUUUCGUACUAGUUCAGACUCAUGGUCUUUAAUGUAUCUUCUUAUAAGAUUUUAAAUAUUUAAUAUUUUCACUUCAGAUGAUUAAUGAUUGUUCAAUGAUCAAAAAAUGUUACAUUAUAACAUGUGGUUAACUUAA